GGCAAGGCAAGUGGACGCGCGUCCGUCACGUUGGUGUGUCUGUUCCAAAGUGGUGGUGUGACCUUUCUCCCUGGUCGUCGUCGUCGUCGUCGUCGUCGGUGAAAGCGUUGAAUGGUGCGGAUUAUGCUCGAAGAAGAGCUAGAAGAUGAAGCGCUAAGAUCUCCAAUAACUCACUCAACCUAGUUAGUUCAACGUAAAAACCAGUGCCAGUGUUGAAACAUGACCCCGACUCUGUGAAAAAGAAGAAAAAAAAAUCUCAACACGUGCUCCCACCCUGAAAAUGAGCAUUCCGGCCGUGGCCAUCGAGUAUCAGAGACUAUCCCAGCGGGACGACGAUCCGGACGACGACGACAGUGCCCAGGAGUCGAACGGAAGCGGAAGUGACGUCGAAGAGUGGAGCUACAUUGGGGGAGGGGGAAGCCGGGGGCAGUUUAACCGGGAGUUGCAGGAAAUCAACCUGGAGGCGGCCACCGGUCGGUCGGGCCGGCCCCGGAAGAUGAAGGUGGAAAUGUAUGAGGAACUGGUCGGAUCGAAGAAGAGCAACAGUAGGAAGUACCUGCUGAUCGGCGGAGCGGCCGCCGUAGUCAUAGCCGUCGUAGUGGUGCUGAUCGUCGUUCUGACCGGUGGAGAAGAUGACACCAAAGACAACGGCGACAGCAGUCCCGUGAUCCAGCAGGGUGACCCGAUCACGCUGGAGGACUUUUUGACGGGGAAACUUUCGUCGCGUGGAUUCAGUGGAGAUUGGUCUCCCAGUGGGAAGGUCAUUUCGCGGGACGAUCGGGGGUCGGUGCUGGCGUACGAUCCGGUGACGAAUGAAACCAAAACGUUGCUGGGGCCGGAUCGCGAGGAUCUGCUGCAGGGAUUCAAGUUUGAUCUGUCGGCGGAUGAGCGGUAUUUGUUGGUUGCGCGGGGGUACGGGAAGAUCUUCCGGCAUAGCUUCCUGGCGGUUUACGACAUUGUGGAUUUGGUGGAAGGCAAGACGAUUCCGGUGAACGUGAAGGGUGCUAGGCAAGCACUAAACGUCGUCGAGUGGAGUCCUGUGGGGAACUCGUUCAUUUUUGUGCACCAGAACAACCUGUACUACAAGGCAUCGCCGGAGGCAACAGAAGUCCAGAUAACGGAUGAUGGAGCGCCGAGCAUCUACAACGGCAUACCGGACUGGGUCUAUGAGGAAGAGGUGUUCUCCACCAACAUUGCCACGUGGUUCUCGCCCGAUGGCAAAAAGAUUGCAUUUAUUAAGUUUAAUGAUACCAAAACGCGAUUGAUGAAGAUUCCCGUCUACGGACCUCCUGGUCAUCCGGAGUACCAAUAUCCACAUGAGUUGGUGGUGCACUACCCGAAGGCUGGGACGCCGAACCCUGAGGUCAACCUCUACACAGUAGAUUUGAGUAAUCCAACGAACAAGAUUGAAAUCGCUCCUCCUGAGGCGAUGGUCACCCCAGAUAAGGACCACAUCAUAACUUCCGUUGGAUGGGCCACCGGCGAUCGACUGAUCACCAUCUGGAAGAACCGCGUCCAGAACCACGCCAUCAUCACGUCCUGCAGCAACGCGGACUGCAUGGAAGUUCACGAGAUCAAGCUGGACGAAGGUUGGCUGGAGCUGUUCAGUGCCCCGAUCUUCAACAAGGACGGAUCCCAGUUCGCCAUUAUCACCUCCCAGGAUUCCUUCCACCACGUGACGUUGCUAUCAACCACGACCAAAUCCGCCCAAGCGCUCACCACCGGAAAGUACGUCGUGCAGGAGAUCCUCAAGUGGGACGCCGAGAGCAACCUAAUCUUCUACGCCGCCAACACGGCUGAAGAUUCGCACGUGCUGCACAUUCACGCCGUCCAGGGUCAGGUCGGUGCUACGCCCCAGUGCCUGAGCUGCACCGUCGAGUCAAGUCCCAAGCAGACGUACUUUAACGCGCAGAUGAGCCGGAAGGGCAACUUCUUGGUGCUGGAAGCGAAGGGACCGAACGUGCCGUGGGCGGAGAUGUUCGAGUGGAGUUUCGCUAAUAAUGCCGUUUCGCUGAAGCCGGUCAAAUCGCUCGAGUCCAACACUGAGCUACGCGCCAAGCUAGAGGGCAAAGCUUUGCCCAAGGUUCAGUACCACGAAAUCGACCUCGGUAACGGAUUCACCUCCAAGGUGAUGCUGCUGAUUCCCCCGGGUGCCGAUCUCACCGGCAAGAGCGGCAAAUACCCGCUGCUGGUGGACGUCUACGGUGGACCGAACUCGUACUCGGUGACCAGCUCGUGGUCCCUCGGAUGGGGUCACCACUUAAGCUCGAACCGUUCGGUGAUCUACGCCAAAAUUGACGGCCGAGGAUCGGGACUGCGCGGAGACAAGCUGCUGUUCCAGUUGUACCGCAAGUUGGGCACGGUCGAGAUCGAGGAUCAGAUUACGACGGCGAAGAAGCUGAGCGAGCAGUUGCCAUACGUGGAUGGCUCACGGAUGGCCAUUUGGGGCUGGAGUUACGGCGGGUACGCUUCGGCGAUGGCACUGGCCAAGGACGCGAACAAGGUGUUCAAGUGUGCCGUUUCGGUGGCGCCCGUCACCGAUUGGACGUUCUACGACUCGAUCUACACCGAGCGUUACAUGGGACUGCCAACGGUGGCCGAUAACCGGGCUGGGUACGAGCAGUCUCGCCUAACGUCGAUGUUCGAGAAGUUCCGCAACCGGAAGUACAUGCUGAUUCACGGAACGUACGACGAUAACGUGCACUUCCAGCAGGCGAUGCAGUGGUCGCGGGCACUCGAAACGCACGAUAUUAUGUUCAAACAAGUGAGCUACCCGGACGAGGACCACAGCUUGGCGGGCGUGCGGCCGCACCUGUACCACACCCUGGGCCGCUUCUUCAGCGAGUGUUUCGAUUGACACCACCAGGGCGAGGGCAGGUGGUGGCCCAACGGCGGCGAAGACGGCGCAGAUGGCGAGAUGUACUUUUUACCAGCGAAUGAUUCCUCCAGCAGCAUAAAAGACUUGGCCACCGUCCUGCGUGAACUGCACGUCACGGUGGACAGCACCAGCGUAUAGUUAGAGAAGUAGUAGAAUAAGAAUAAGACUAUUUUGCCACAACAAGUUAUAUCGUGUAAAUACGAUUGCAUAUUUAUGUAAAUAACGGAAUAAUUUUUCAAACAAUA